AUGGCGAACGAACCCAUGGAAAAUGGUGUCAGUAUUAACGACGGUUUAAACGAAAGAUUUAGCACAGAAAAAGCUCUCAAAUUCGCCAAGAAGUUGUAUAUACACGGAGGCAACAUUUCCAACUGGAACAGGAUCAAACGGAAGACUACACCUAGUUCAUCGGAUGAGGUUUGUUCUGAGUCUUUGGUGAGAUUUUUUAAUUCGAGCACGCGAGAGUGUACAAGCUUAGAGCCCUUCAUGAUCUUCAUUUUCGUCGACACUGGGUAAAAAAUAAAUUUUCCAUGCUUCCUACAGUCUCUUACAUUGAAUCCUCUGUUAAGGAACUUUUUAGGCUUAUAUUUUUCUGUUGUCACACACUAUUUACAGUCCUUCUGUGUAAACAAUAACCCAGCCGGCUUCGCAGAUUCUUUCGUCACGAAAAUCAGAAAUCGAUACAAAGCAGUUUUUAAAACCAAAAUAGACUCAUUCGUGCAUUAUAAACAUUAAACUAGUCGGAUUAGAAAAUCGUUGAAAGGCAACUGUAUGCGUGAUGAAUUCGCGUUCGUCCCGUGAGUCAGCAAUUUAAGCUUCAUUGUCAAGAAAAAUGCAAUCCAUAGAACCAACAUGUCCAUAUGGGUUAUUUUUGGCCUUUGUGCCUAAAAUAAACAAAAAUCAUUAAUUUGCUACCGAAGUGAUUUUGUUUAAAAUGCGAGUCAACAAUUUAAAAAAAUGUACCUGCCUCAAUAUAAGUUUAGUUAAUUAAACAGUUACGUAAGUUAAUAUAUUAAGAACACUUACACUGUAUUACAUUUAAAAAAAAUGUAUUAGUCAGGCCAUUAGUGUAGGGUGGGGUGAUAGACAUGUAUUUUCAUUUUUCUCUGCUCGAUAGCAGUAGUCCACCAUCAUGUGUUAAUUAGCAUUCGAAUGUCUUAUUAUUUUGCCUUCAAUAAAUAAAAGAUAUUGAAUUAACUCAAUUGAAUAUUAUAUUUUUAAAAAACUCAGUUAACUCGCCCAAACCCAAAGCAUCUCCUCAUUCCUAAAGUACUUACAUUACUUUCAAAAACAGGGAUUAUUAUCACAAAACUUAAAGAUGGACAUCAGUUUAAUAUGUGGUGUUCUCAAUAUUAUUGUAGCUAUCUGAAAGCAUUGGAACAACAUUGAGCAGCUUAGUGCCUGGGAACAACAAUGAAGAGGAAUUUAUUCCAGUAAGUUGCAAUAAUUACUCAAGAAUACAAGAAUAAUAAUUUAUUAUCUGUUAUCACAAGGGAGAAACGAGAAGAGAUUGUAGUGUACAUGCGGGACUUUCCUAGUGCAGGAAGUUUGAGGUCAUGUGACUAGACAGAGUUGUGUUUUUAGUGUAGCGGUGUCAGAGCUAAGUAGUGCUUCUGUCUACCAGACUAUAAAUGCCUUGGUUGCCCAUCAGAAAUACUACAGAGAAAUCUAGUAACUCCUUGCUUUUUACUAUGAAAACAGGAGACAUUAGAAAUCAUUAGUUUUCUAAUUUUAUGUUAUUUUAGAAAAAGGCAUUGAGAUGUGUGAACCAAAAGUUUGUGGAAAAAAUAGAGCGAGGAGAAAGGGAACAUCUCAAAAUUUCAGGUAAUAUUUUUUUUACUAUUCUGAUGAGACAUUUUGCUAUGCUUGUUUCUUCCCUAGCUUUAAUUUAUUACAUCUUAGGCCCUGUUCAAACAUCGCAUUUCACAUGUGCUGAAUCUAAUGCUAAUUAUGAAAAUCUGUUGUUCUUGCUCAUUUGCAUAAUUAGAUUUGGCACUUGUGAAAUGAGACGUUUGAACCGGUUCUAACUUACUUUAAUAUCACAAAAUAAUUUCACUGACUCUCUGCCUGAAACGUAAAAAUAAAUUGUUAAACAUCAUCAAUUCUCCUUUUGAUUACAGUGAAAGUAUUCGCAAUUGAACUCAAACCUGCCAUUAUCCAGGAUGCACUAUUCAGAGGUGAGGCUUGAGGGUUCUUUAUCCUUGGAGCAUUGAAUAUUAUUGGUCACAGUUCUAUCCCUUAAACUGUUUAGGAAAUAAUGUUUUCAAAUUUGUUUCCCCUCUUACUAGCAAUGUGUGAGCUUGGAGUGGAGUCUGUGGAAACCUUGUUCUUAGCAUUGCCAGAGAUGUCUGGUGAAGAUGCUUUUGAAGUUCUUAAGGGCUUCUGGGAGGUACGUUUAACUCUUUUUACCUUGUUGUUAAAACUGCAUGAUUAUAACACCCAAUAGUGAUUUUUUUUUAAAUGUAAGUUACAUAUGGAAGUGUUCUAAAAAACUGCUUUAUCCACUUUGAAAUGCUAUCCUCAGUGACUACACAAAUAAAGUUAUUAAGAAAUAUCUCUUUCUUAGAGCAAAGAUAAUUUGAUCUGAAAUAGUUUGAGGUUAUUUCAAUCUUAUUUCUUCCUCUUCAUCAGUCAAAUUAAAUGACUGAAGGUCUUAUUUACAAACUGUGCUGUCCAAACUUUUAGGAAAUGGAGUUUCUAUCAGACAGCGGAUAUAUCAAAGAUCUAGGAGUUUGUGACCUGGACAAGCCAACGCUAGAAAAACUUUAUCAGUCAGCAAGGGUACGUUAUUAUCUUUUUUCAGUUUAUCUCAUUUUAUGGUUAUUACUUAUUUAGUUUUGAUUUUGUUUCUGAUCGGCAGCAUUUCACCGCUAAAUGUUCAUGUACAUGAAUAACCUAUGUUUAACUUAUUGCACUGAUUUUUGCAAAUAAUUCCUUGCAGAUCAAGCCUGGGAUCAACCAAGUCAAUCUUGCUUCGUGUUGCGUGAUGCCAAAGGUAAUUUAUAAUGUUAUGAUCGACUUAAAUUGCUACAGGUCAGGUGAACAUGUUAAACUAAUAGUGCUGCAUUUUUCCUUUUGAGGUUGCUUAGAGUGGUUUGUGGGUGAACCUGUUGAGGUCCAAUCUCAAAUCUGGUUCUUUUGCAAUUCAGCCACUGGCUGCAUUAAAGUGAUAAGUGUAACACUAGCCUAUGUAGCAAGCGCUUGCAUAAUAUGGGUGCAACAGAGAGAACAAGGCAUGUGAGGGGGACACACGAUGUAUUCCUUUGCAUGCCCCAUCCUUCUGAUAUUAUACCGGUAACUUCCCAGUGCCACCAUUUUCUUGUCAAUGUUUUCUUUUCUUUUCCUUUUUUGUAUGGGAAUGGGCUGUUGCCUGUAGAAGCUACUUUUUAUAUGCCAGUGUAAUAAUGUAUAUGACAAAGUAUAAAUGUCUUCCCUUAGGAAAGUUCUCUAAAUUUAUUUACCUUGAAUUUGAAUUUGAGUUUUUAAAGUUUUAAAGUUAUUUUUCAUUUAUUUUUUCAGGAUCUUGUAGCAUUCAGUGAGAAGCAUGACAUUCAACUGCUGACACAUGCUGAUCCAAAAGGUAAAUAAUGAGUACCCUCAGAAACGGUUGUUUCAUUUUCAUCUAGGGGUAACUAACCAGAGACAAAGAGCACAAAGACAAAACAUAGCCUCUCCCCCUCCCCUCCCUUAACCUCCCCUAACUCUUUUCUAACGGCAUACUGUAAACCACACCGCGGUCAAACGUCUGAGCAUGCGCGAGAAAUUGCGCGGGGAUCACUUCGUUCGAUUCAAAAAACCUGCAUGUGGCUGUGUCGACGGCAGUGCCUUCUUGUGAGGUAGAAGCGAAAUUUUCUUUUUACUUCAAUGAAGUUCGUUGGUGAUGAAAGGGACGAAGAAGAGGAACUUAUAACAUGAAUUGUAAGUAUGAGUAAAUAAGCAUUUGUCUUAAUAUUCCCGGACUGUCGGUUGUAUUAAUUUUGUUGAUCAAUGAUCAUGACGCGGCGCGCAGUGGAUGCAAAUCGUGUUGGCUGAAAAAUCUAACCUUAAGUUUGUAGUAUAGAAUACUUUUAUACUAACACCUGCUUUAAUGAACACUUGGUUAUUUCAUUGAAUACUGACCAUACACUUUAGGUUCUGGCUUGUUCUGCAAAAUACAACAUUGUUUGGUUGCUCUCGUUGAUGAACUCGUACAUUUCAUGGUUCUCUUUCAUGACAGAUGAAAGCUUCUUCUAACUUCUUACAUCAAAUAAACUCACAUUUUCUCGCAAAGAGUUAAGGUCUGUAAUAAGAACAAACAAAAUCUGACGAAAAUAGUUAUUAAUGUCAUUUCUGAUUUCAUCAAAUGAGCCUAUGUUUUAAAUCCCGGAAAACUUAAAACUUAAACUUACAUGUAAGCUUAGGGAACACGUCCAAAUAUCGGCAUCGGGUCAUACCGAUGCCGAUCAAUUGGGCACCGAUUUUUUCCGAUUCCGUUGAAGGUCGGACCCGAUUUUAUCGGCACCGAAUGAAAGGGAAUCGGCAACGUGUCUCAAGUCUUUAUCGGGCCAAUUAACAAAGGUCAUCAAGAAUAUCUGGCAGCUCAAAUAACCCGUCACAAAAGCAAAAGCAAAAGCGUGAAUGUUGUUUUUUAUAACCUUAUCUUUCUUAUAAAUGUGUCUUGUUUGAACCGAAAUUUAACGUCACGGUUUCGAACAUUUGUUUGUAUUUCCUAUGACAGAGUAUGAACAGAAAAUAUUAAAUUUGUGUAUCAAAAUGGGCACGAGAAGAAACAACAGGCAUCUUUUGAGUGAAAGACGGCGCAAUGUACAUUGCAAGUGUACGAUGUGAUAAUUUAAAAAAAAAUGAUAAUUUUAAAAUAGCUUGAGCCUUUGCUAACCGGAAGCCAAAACGCAUGAUUAUAGGAAUCUUUGGAGGAAUAAACAGUUUAGGACUGUAAAGGAAAAAAUAGAAGUCAGAACAUCCACGACCAAAAUGCAAAUGUUGUUACCAUGUUGUGUACUUUAACUGCUAAAUUGCCACAGGAGAGAAGAGGACAUCGUCUGAGAAUCAAGCUGCAAGUUGUUUAUUGGUUGCAUAUGAACUCAAAAAAGUGACUGAUGGAGGCGUUCAACUGGUUUUCUCUUUCUCGAUUGUCUUUCCGCUAUUAAAUUGAGUCGAACUUACCGGAUGUAUGCCAGUUUACUUUAGUUGAACACUCCGGUAAAAUAGGUUCUGAUUUUUGUCAAACAGUCAGCCACCUAGAGUCAAGCGCAAUUUUUUCUAAGUGCUGAGAGUGGAAAGCAAUUUUACGUGGCACCAUGCUCAAGCUCACAGAACAUACAGCAAAGUCGCUAAGCCAUUCUCUCUUUGGUAGCUCCUGUAUGAAACUUCGUUUCGUGUCUUCCGUGACUCGCGAGUGUGGGAAUCUUUCAGUUCCUGUUGCCAAUUCCCUGGAGACAAUCUGAGGCCCCAAUCUAAUUGGUCGGUAUUUUUUGCCUCAGAUCGCAUUACACCUUGCGUUUAGGAUCGUUGAAUGAAAGACGCAAAUUUUCGUAAAAGUUUAUCCCGUGGUUUUACAUUAUCCAUGGUUUUGCUCUCGCUCCGCUCGCUAGGAAACCCGUUGAGGUCUACUUGUAACAAGUCUAUGAAUCCAGCUGUGUUUCGAGAAAGUGAGUUCCGGUUGUGUUUUUGGAUUGCAUUGUUAGAAAUUAGUAUCGAGUAAAGAACACACUACUCAGUAUGGUGUUUUGUUUGCUAUAUAUCAACGAAGAACAGUGGUGUUUUGCGUCGUAAUAUUUAACUCCUUUUAAUUCUCAUAGAAUAAAUGUUAUGGAGCAGCAUGGUGUUUGCGAUCGACUGAAGGAAAUACCUCUGCAAAACGCCGAAAAUCACGUGUAUAGGCACGCAUCAAAUCAACAAACUCGAAACACAACAUGCAGAAACAUACAAUAUUGCUAUUUGUUAUGGAGUAGGAAAAAGGAACAGUCGAUUGAAAUUACUUUGAAGUGAAACGACUCUUUCAUUAUUUGGUUUCGUGACACGCUUCACUUUACAUAUCAGAUAAAAUAAUAUGACGAUGACACAUAUGAACAUCGGAAUGUCAACCGGCUCCGAUUGAAUCGGCAAAGUUUUUAUCGUAAUCGGAAACGGCAACUGGUGCCUAUAGAUCGGUACCGAUUCCGAUCAAUCGGAAAAUUAAUCGGGUCCGUUUCCCAUGAUCGGGUUGCCUACCGAUAUUUGGACGCGUUCCCUUAUUGAAAAUUAAGCAAACUUAACAAAUGUUAAGGAGCACAUGUUGUAGUUUGGGCUUAUCAUCGCUUUCACUGCCUUCAAGAAAUUCUCGGUGUUUUCAACAGUUGUACUGGCAAUAAGAGCUCCAAAAUUACCAUGCAAGUGGCUGUCGAACAUCACAAUAUUUGCUCCAUGUGCAACAAAACAAAUUGUCAUAUCGGUGAUAAUAAGAAUUGCAGAUAGAUUAGCUUCUUGAGUUAAACGUUGGAGGUAAAAUGCUGCUGAUGACUGGGGUACAUUUAUAUCUUCACUGGUUAAUGUGAUGUCAAACGAAUCUUCCAUUUGAAUUUGUCCCAAGUUUUGUCUAAGGUGUUGGACUGCAUCAUCCACAGCAAAAUUAAUUGCUCUUCCCCAGUUAAAGUGUCAUGUGUGGAAUUUCCCUGAAUGAUGCAGGACAUCACAACAGCAGCCCACACAGGUGAAAUUUGUGUUGGGGGUGGUAGGUGUCCUAUGUUGGCAUGAUAACUUUUUGCCAAGUACAAUGCAAUGAAAGUGCAAGCGUUUGACCCCCUCCUGCCAUUCAUAGUAGCCUGCGAAACAGACUGUGGAAAAAAAAGGAAUUUGCUGCCUGCACUGUUCACUGAUGUGAUGUUGAUGUUUUGAUUUGCUUGUUGCGCUUGGUGAUUGACUCCUUGGUCUUGGCAGUGUGGCUGCUUUGGAUGUUGCUGUUGACAUUCUUGUUGUUGUCCUUGUACUCUUAAACUUGGAGGUUGUGGGACAGUGACAUUAGCUAAAGCAUGAUCUACAAACUGUUCCCAUUCAUCGGAUUCAUAGAAAAUAGGUUGUCUUGAAUUGUUAGGAGUUAAUUCUGUGUCAGGCUCUUCAGAGGAUAAGUUGGAUGUUUCUGCAUUGGUAGUUGAUGACGACGAUUUAGUAGGUGUUAGUAAACUGAGAUUAAAAGUAUCAGCCAGCAUGGCUACUUUCUUUAACAGAGGCUUAGUACAGAUGGGACAGUUAGAGUUAUUUCGAAGGUAACAUUCUUGGUGGAAAGUGUGGCAGCAAGCUAGUCUUACAAAUUGGUCAGUGUCUUGAGUUACAGCACAGUUGCUGUAGUCGCAUAAAAUGGCUGGAUUUGGAUACUGUGGGUUGCUAUCCAGAUGUUUGUACGAAAGAGGAAGAGACUUUGUAUCAACAAUUUCAUUGAAUGUUUGAAGAUGGAAUUUUUGUCUUUUGUUUUGACUUUGACUGGAAGGGUUGUCUGUGACCUGUGUAACAAAAAUAAUGUUUCUGUCAAACACAGAAGAUAGUUUUAAGGAAUAUUAAGAAUAAGACAGUGAUAGUCAAGCUUUAAUGAUUCCUCCAUUAAUCUUCAUAGUAGAACAGUAUUAAUUUUAUUUAACUUUAUCACAUUUUCAUUAGGUUUGCCAUGUUUUUUUUAGCUGAAGGAUAAAAUAUGAACUGUUAAUAAUAAUUUUUUCACUUCUUUUAUUUUGUAAUAUUGAGAGUUAGCCUUGUUAGUUUGCUGCUUCUUUAAGGUGAGCUUUCAUCAUCCAUUUUCUUCACCUGUGUGCUUGACAGUGUUGGCUUAGGUAUUGAUGAGGUGACAUUUAUGCGGCUUAUCCGUUGAAAUCUAAAUAGCUUCGCUUUCAUCUAUUCAAUUCAAACAAGAAGAUUUAUGUGUAGAGUUACAAAAUGAUGCAGAUACUUACCUUCUUAGACUUUCCAAUAUUUUGAGCAACAUCCUGGAAUAAUUUCAAAAGCACCUCAGCAACUUUGCCUGUACAAGUUUUAGAAGUUCACAUUAAGUGAGGCAAAUCAAGACAAUACGUAUCUAUGGCCAUGCAAGUUUUUUUUUUUCAGUAUAAAUUUGUGACCAUGGUCUAGAAUGACAGCAACCUGUAUCUUUGUGUUUUUGUUUUUGUGGGGUUUAAAAGGACUAUGCAACUCAUACACUGUAAAAUAUCUGCAUGUUACGUGUAUCUACCAAAUCAUUGGUCAAGAGUUUCUAGGAGAGAGUAAGACUAUGGAAAUUUUUAAAUGAAGCUCCAUUAAUAUCUGCAAAAUUGGUUUUCAAGAGGCAACACUAGAAUAUACAAACAGCAUUAAAUAUCUUAAAUAAUGUUACAUUAAAAACAAUGAGGAAGCAAUUUCAUUGUCACUGCCUGCAUUAAGAUCUAAGACUUCCACUGUCAAUGUCAUUCUUAAGGUAAAGUUCAAAGUUGGGUUAAUGGGUGAUUGGUUUUUCUUCAACUUAGUUUUUAAACAAUGUCUUUUCUGGAAUAAAUUGGAAAUAAGACUAAAGAGAAAGUUGUAGUUGAUUAAUUUUUUAAAAAUGUAUCACUUUUCUUUUGAAAAGAGAAUAAUAAAGCUAGAUACAGUUGUCCCUUGCAGUUGUGAAACACAUUACCUGCCACAAGUUUCAUGUUUUUUUCCGAUUGACCUCUGGUGUAUGGCCUCACAAAGGAAGAACGAAAUUUCCUAGCAGUGUCAGAAGCAGCCAGAGAAAUUGCUGUGUCAUGUAUCUCAUCACCACUGUAAUGUGUUGAAAUGUGAUUUCGUAACAAUGAAUGCCAGAUUUCUACCUUCUUUUCUGUUAUUAUUGAUAGCCAUUGCUCUUUAAAGUUAUAGUAGGCAGGAAAGUUGAUCUUUUGGUGAUACAAGUCACUUAACAUGGAUAGAGUGGAUCUGUCAUAAUGAUGUCGCUCCCAGAUAAUGAAAAUAAUGGCUAGACGAAUCAUGACAUUUAUGUACAGUUCCAGAUUACCAGAGCAAAAAAAUGCUGUCAUAUUGAAAAAAGACCAGUGGCAAAAUUUCUUCAAGUAAAUUAACCAGGUACAGAAAUUCAAUAUCUUUGCAGAACUUGAAUUUGGCCAGGACUUUAUGUCUGAUUAACAACCAUCCACACAAGGUUCCUGUAAUAAUGAGGCUUGUUCGAAAGGGUUUUGGUUUAAGUGGGAAGUCACUGCCAAAAACCUCUUUAUAAAGUCUUGCAAAAACUAUGUGGUGGCUUUUAAUGACAUCCUCAUUUAUAUUUAAGCAGACAUGAAAAGGUCCUUGUUCUGGAAUAAGGGACAAAUAAAGGGUGUUCUUGGGAACUUGUUUCUGGUAGCUGAGCAAUUAUUUUUUUUUUGGUGUAGUACCAGGUUGGCCAAUCUCCAGGCAGUGGAAUGACAAAUAAUUUACAGAAAUCAUGAAGGGGAAGAGCAGAAUGGAAUGUAUGGUUAAGUGCAGCCUUGUAAUCCUCCAUGCUUUUCAGGCCUGCCUCGAAUUCGUCUAUUAAAACGCAAGUGCUCAGGGUAAGAAGUUCAUCUUGUGCCAUGCCAUUGUAUACUCUAGAAAUUAAAGUAAAAAUAUUGUUACUUGUGCACCAUGAUUGCAAUUUAAGACUUUAUAUAAUGCAUACAUAAUGCAGGUCUAUUGUAGAGAAAAAUAAGUCAUUACCUACUGGGUUGCUGGAACAUACAUAGUACAAGAGCACAUGUACAUGUAGUGUAUUUCCAAUUGAGGGUGUCUUAGUGUUUUGUGUUUUUUUUUUAAUUGUUUUUUUUGUACCAAACAAUUCAUGCAAACCCAAUCAACUUGGCAAAAGAAGAUAUAAUUAAUUUGUUUUCUUCAUGGUUCAAAUGCUAUUACAGUUUAUGCAUUCACUGCGAUUUUACACACCACAGCUAUGAAACCCUGUUAAACUGGACAGUUGUGGGAAAAGAGAAAACAUGAAACUCUUAAUAAACACCUGAACUGUUUGAUCUGUUUUUGUAUAUCUUUAGCCUUCAGCUGCUGACAUUGUUGGGGAAGAGAGGUUAGAAAUGAGUGGUGGUGGCUUUUAAGACUUUCUGUGAACAGUUCUUGUAUGUAUCUUUUUACAAUACCACCUCUGCAAACAGUCUCCUGCCCUCUGAAAGUAAUUUUCAAAACACUGUGGACACACUGUGCGUUGGGUUUUUUUACGGCUGGUAUUUCCAGGUGAAUGUCAAGUAGAACAGAAGCCAUGUGUGUUGCUUUAGACAAUUUCAGGUUGUCUGGCAUUCUGAUUGUGUGA